CACUCUCUCUCUCUCUCUCUCUCUCUCCCUCACACUCUCUCUCUCUCUCUCGCCCCCCCUCUCUCUCUGUAGUGGAGCAAGCAGGCGAAUCCAGCCUCACUCUUCCAGCGGAUUCUCUCAGCUCAGCCUAUCAAAGCCAAGUUGACUCCAGAGAAGCUGUGGUUUCAUUCGAAUGAGGGCAUGAGGCCUGUGGAAACUGACGGACUCCAGAUUUCCCACACCUGCGCUGCAUGUCCUGCUUAGUCCCUCAGAAAGACUGAAAUAUAAGCCAGAGCCUUCAGACCCAGCAGGAGGGAAGCUCUGGGGACCCAGACAAGACAGCAGAGAGAAGCAUUGCAACCCCUGGUUUCCAUCACUACCACCCAAAAGAAGUGUGAGUUGAUUCUCAAGUCAAGAUCCAAAUGACCCGUGAGGACGCUAUGUGGCAGCCAAGUGACAGUCAGUACUGUGGCCCUAUGGAAUAUCAGAUAAAAUGGGGACUCUGUUAGAAUCUGUAACAAGUCCAAGGCUGUGACUGCACAGGAAAAGUACCCGCCUCUCCACUUUCAAACCUGAUCUGAUUGUCUACUGUUGUACAGUCUACAGACUCUCUUUUCCCCCUUCGCCACAAUUACCAUCUUCUAACCCUCUUCUCUUUCCACUAUCCCCAUCAUGAAGAGUAAGUUGUACGUCCUUUCCUCUCCUUGCACUCUCCUCCUCCCCCUUUCUUGUCUUUUCCUGCUAUUUUCAGCACCAACUCCUGUCAGUGGUGACUGCUGGCUUAUUGAAGGGGACAAAGGCUAUGUAUGGCUGGCCAUCUGCAGCCAGAACCAGCCACCAUAUGAGACAAUCCCACAGCACAUCAACAACACGGUGCACGACUUGCGGCUCAAUGAGAACAAGCUCAAGGCAGUCUUCUUCUCCUCACUCAGCCGCUUCACCAAUCUGACAGACCUCAACCUCACGAAGAACGAGAUAUCCUACAUUGAGGAUGGUGCUUUCGCUGCCCAGGCUAACUUACAAGUCCUGCAGCUGGGAUACAACAAACUGACCAACCUGACUGAAGGCAUGUUGCGAGGACUGGGGCGCAUGCAGUGCCUCUUCUUGCAGCACAACCUCAUUGAGGUCAUUGCUACCAAUACCUUCUGGGAGUGUCCCAGCCUCAGCAGUCUGGAUCUGUCUUCUAACAAGCUGGCUCGGUUAGAUCCAUCCACAUUCACUGUGUUGGCUAGGUUGAUGGUGUGUGAGCUGGCAGGGAACCCUUUCCACUGCGGAUGUGAGCUGUACAGUUUCCUUACCUGGCUGGAAGCCUUCAACAAUGUCACGCACACCUAUGAUCGGCUACAGUGCGAAACUCCGCGCGAGCUUUUUGGCUACCCGCUGUUGAGCCCUGUUGGAGGACAUGGUCGCAGUGCUCGUAACAUCCUCUCUUCCAUGUGCCGAGAUGGAGUGUUUAUUCCAGGGAUGACUUCACUGCCACCAGAUUCUGAUUCUUCAGGCAUGGACCCUAAUAUGUUUGGUCCAUACCAUCAGCCCACAACCUCAUCCUCCUCUGAGAAUUCCUUUAGCCCCAGUAUCAAACUUCAGCAUGUAUCUCUUUCUUCGGCAUCCUUACUAGUGCAAAUUCCCCGGCCCUACAGCAAGAUGUAUAUCCUAGUACAGUACAACAAAAGCUAUGUUUCUGAUGUGAUGAACCUGAAGAACAAGAAGGAGCUGAUCACUCUCAACAAACUCAAGCCAAACACCAACUACACCUUUUGUGUGGCCUCAAUACGCAAUUCACAGCGUUUUAAUCACACAUGUCUUUACUUCUCCACUCGAGCUCCUACUCCAGACAUGCUGCCCAACCCCUCCACUACAACUCAUUACAUCAUGACUAUUGUGGGCUGCUUGUUCGGGAUGCUUAUUGUUCUUGGCCUGGUGUAUUACUGUCUGCGGCGGCGCCGAAGGCAGGAAGAGAAAGAGAAAUCCAUCUGUGUAAAGAAGACCAUCUUGGAGAUGCGCUAUGGACCAGAGGUGGCGGCAGCAGCUGCAAGUGAUCCAACAACUGUACAGAAGCUCCAUGAGCAGACGCACCACCAGCACCACCAUGGCAAGCUGCCCAUGUCCUCCUCCUCCAGCUCAGGCAUGCUUGGCCAUGGCUCUGCAAACACAAGUUCUUCACGACUGUCCUCCAUCCCUCAAGUAGAGAAGAUGGCCACUGCUUUCUCUGAGGCCAUGGCAAGCAAGGGCAACUACAUGGAUAUUAGGACUUCAGUAGGAGUAGAAGAAAGAGUGAGAGAUGGAGUGAUGCAGGCUGUCAGAGCAGAAGACCUCAGAGAAGAAGAUGGAAGUGACCUUGGAGAUGACUCCGAUGAUGAUGGUCGGGGAUCAGCAUCAGAGAUCUCCACUAUUGCCAUGGAAGUUGACAAGGUCAACCAGAUCAUCAACAACUGCAUUGAUGCCCUCAAGCUUGACUCUGUAGUCACCGCUGUGUCAUCUGCAACUACAACAAGUGGGAAUCCCACCUCACCUCCACCAACCAGUACCUCUUCCUUGACCCGGGGACUCAUUCCACUCUCAACUGGUGUCACUGAGGCCUGUCAGGUAAUGCCCUCCCCAAAAAUCCCCCCUCCUCCUCCUCUUCCCCUGACAGGUCCCCUAUCUGAAAGGCCAGGGAUCACAGGAGGUGGCUUUGUAUCACCUCCUUAUCGCCCCCCACCACCAGCUACAGCAGUGAGACCUAUCCAGAGACAGAUGAGUGCAGAUGCAGCUGUUAUUGUCAGCUCUUCCAAAAAGCACUGUGGCCCCGCCGGUGGAAAGGCCCGUGUUUACAGCCUGGAUGUCCCAGAGCCUCGGAGUCCUGAUCCAUGCCAGUAUCCUGAAAAGGGAAGCCCAGUGGGUUGUGGAGAACCCCUUGAGAGGCUGCCAUUAGUUGGUAGUAGUGGUGGUGGUGGUGGGGGCUGUAACAUGGAUGGAGGCACCAUGGAUGGCAUGGGUCAGCAUCUAGAGGUACAUCCAGACUACCACUGUGCAGAGCACCGUCACUCUGUCCCUGCUCUCUACUAUGAGGGCUCCCAUGACUCCCCUGCCCAAAGGGCAUCUUUCCUCAAACCCUUAUCACGUGCCAAGAGGGACGCUGCUUCCUACUCUCAGCUCUCGCCCCGCCACCACAACUACUCGGGCUACUCGUCCAGCCCAGAGUACUCCUCUGAGAGCACCCUGCGAAUUUGGGAGCGCUUCCGUCCUUACAGAAAAGGCCCACGCGAAGAGUCCUGCUACAUCACGGCUGGAAACGCUCUGCGCAAGAAGGUCCAGUUUGCAAAGGGCGAGGACUUGCAUGACAUCCUCGACUACUGGAAGGGUGUAUCAGCACAGCAAAAGCUAUGAGCUGUGAGGCACUGAAGACUCUAAAGCAUGGGCCUUCUGCGCUGCCUGAUUAGCUUGAUGAUUUGCUGUGGAAAAGCAGCCUAGGGGGUGGCUGCUGUGUACAAAGCAAAGUUAAGUUUGUCAGGGUCUGAGGACAAGUUGUUUUGAUCCGUCUGUGUACAGGAUGAGUCAUCAAAAAGCCAGAGUGAGGGAGUGAAUAGAAGAGAGAGAGGGUGAGAGCAAGCAUGACAAUAUAGCACCAAUCCAUGGUAGCAUUCAUUUAGAAGCAGAGACCAACUCUCAUAAUAGUAAUGUUCAAUGAAGAUAUUCCAGGGAGCAUAUCAUUUGUUAUAAAAUAAUCACAUUUGCCUAGUAUUCAAUUUGUUUGUGUCAAUAGCAAGACCUUUGUAACCUUAGUCCUCAUUGAGUCUGAGAGAGGGUGUGUAUAUGUACUCCCACACGAUUCACAGGGCACUGCAUUCAUUUGCAAGCCAGUCAUGUGGAAGUUAGAAGUGAUGCGCUGAUUCUCCAUAAAGCUGUCAAAAGCAGACUCUUCUGUCUAUAUUCCAGCGAUCCCACGUGUGGCAACCGGAUUUCCAUUUCAAUAGUAUUUGGCAUCUGAAAAAGAAAAGGAGGAGGAAAUAUGACAAAUAAAACAGUAGAAACACCCCAGGGCACUUUAUUUCUGUUAGGAUCUUUUGCCAGCUGCUUGCAGUGUUGAACAAGAUGAUAAACAAAUGAUAGAAAUAUAAAGUAAAUGCAAACCAGAUCUAGUGAUCCAUAUUGCAGGCUAUUACUGAUGUGGUCGAUAUGACAAAUCACUUUCUAACUGGCAUCUGCAUGGAUCCAAAGUUGUAUGCAUCAAAGCAACAAAUGCUCUAGUCAUCUGUACCCAACUGGUUGCACAUGGCUAUUCUAUACAAAUUACUAUACAGCCUACACUGUUUAUUUGUCCAGUUUGGUUUACUGCAGCAGAUUUGUGAUCCAUGAAAGAAGAAGCAAGACAAAAGAUACUGGAACGAAGUGGAAGAGAAGGGGAAAAGUCUUCAUUCUUAACAAAUAUAGACCAGUGCUCAUAAAUUUUUAUACCCAGUUUUACCGCCAAAGCUAUCAUUUAUACAAAAAAAUGACAAAUUCAAUUAACUCCAACACCUCUAUUUUCAGCUAUCACUUAAUUAAUGUCCGGUUUGAUUUGAUUAACUAAUUAGCAGUUAACUAAGGCUGUUUCAUGUAGUGUGUGGGGGGCUAAGCAGCCGAGACUUCAAAUUUGAUUAAAAAGGAUCACUCACUCCUCCGCUCCCAGCACCCUCAUUUAACCUAAAGCUUCAUGGACCAGUAAACCAAAAAAUUAGAUUAGCAAUGCCAAGGGAAAAAUAUACAUGCGUUAACGGUUCUGCAGAACUAUACGAAAAGCAUUUAGUCAGUAAUCCACUGUAAUUCUUAAUUCUUUCUCCUGACAUCUGUCCUGUCUGUAAUUUGAUACUAGAAAUGUUAUAUGACAUUUUGUUCCGUGCACUGUAUGAAUAAGUCAGACAAUGGUUAAAUCUUACGUCAUUAGAUGCUUUGCAAGAUGUUUUUCAUUUUAACACCUGUCAUAAACUCAAUAGUAGGCCUGUGGUGUCUAUGCAGGAGUGCCCACUCUCUCCAUUAUCAUUUGUAUUUGUCAUCUGUGAAAAGGACAGCCCUUUUCACUGUUUCAAAAAAAGACAUUUUCAUUCAGGUGAUCAUCCAAUGGCUCUUUCAGAUGUUCUCUGCCUUUGUGCUGUCUUUUGUUCCAUUUACUGUCCUACCCCAUUGCCAUAAAUAUUGAUUUCUAGCCCUGUAAAUAUGGUUUGGUAUCCAGGUGUCUGCUUAUACACACUGUCUUGCUCUCUCUUUCUAGUCUGAGUUACGCAAUUUAGGCAGGAGUCAGAUGUUGAAGUAACCUGUGCUCUCAAAAGAGGCGUGUUUACAAAAGUGGCCAGGCUGCCAUAUCGUAAGGGUUGUCAUCUGAAAGAGCAGCAAGCAUUGCGGAUAUAAAGAGCACUGUGUCUGAGGAAUUGCCACACAAUCAUGUUAAAAGAAAAAGGAGAGACAACCAUCCAUUGCCCGUCAGUUGUGCAACAAUCGGAGGAACUGCUACCGGAGACUUACUGUGACGAAAAAAAGAAAAAACCUUCAUGAACCUUUCAUGUAUUGUUUGAAUAUCUACAUUGAAGAACUAUUUACAGACACUCAAUCGACAGUGACGGCUCACUUUUAUAACUGUAAAGUCAGACGUCCUGCUGUACGUUUUUAAGAUAUCAGCUUAUUUCGUGCCUCCCUUCAUUGAUGAGAAAAUUCAACUAACGUGAGAGAGAAAAAAGAACAUUCCUGUAAAAAAAAAAGAAAAAAGAAAAAAAA